UUUUUAUUAUUCAAUUUCUCAAGCAUACGUAUUCCAGUAUUGAUUUAUAACAUAUCCAGGUGUGUGUUUUCUUUAGUUUUGCAUAUUUAUAUUCUACAUGUUUCCAAUAGUUUUUAUGUUUGCCAAGUUAUCAGUAUGUACAAUGGAGAUAGUCUGCAUAUUACAUUAAUUGAGACCCUUUGCAUUGUUGCUAUUCAAAGUGACAAUCGAGAAGAGUUUCCUACUAUCCGUGAUCAGGGUUUGGAGAAGGUGUUAAGCCAAUCUGAUCAGGUGGACUCUUCUUUCGUGACUCGUCUUCCUCAUUGUCAGACCAUGGUUGAAUUGAUGGGGGCACAAGUUUCGAAACCGCUGAUUGCAACCAAGGUGGCUUUUUCACCGAACAAGAUAUUAAGAGCCUACCAUGUUUACAGGUGAUGGCAAUUCCGAAAACGAAGAGCUUAAAGUGAUGUCAAAAGAAGUUGAGUAAAUUCAGUUGGCUGAUGUAGCGACAAUAAGUAGUAAAUGCUGGGAACUAUGAAGUGGAAGUGUGACACCUCGUAUUUUCAAUCUUUCCA